UUAUCUAAAGAUGGCUACGACUGGAAAACUCAGCAGGCUGGGCAAUAACUUUAUCCAGUUUCAAAAAUUUCACAAUACCACAAAAUACUGGACAAACAGCAGUAACAGAAAAGUAUUGAGACACCCUGAAAGAUGGAGAAUAGUACCAAGUCGUGGCUUCAGGACAAAAAAAUCAAAAAUAGAGUCUCUGGCUGAAGAAGCUCCACAAGAAAGUCAAAGAUUUAGGAGUUUAGUAAAACCAAUAGGAUUUACAGUCAUGGUUUGUGGUUGCAGUUUUACUGGUGCUAUGAUCUGGCAGUAUGAAGGAAUGAGGUCAUAUGCUACAAAAAUCAAGUUGGGGAAUGAUCAAUCAACCAAUAAUUUACAGUUUCUAAAGAAUUUUGGUUUUAGACAGCAUAUCAGUUCAAUGUGGAAUAGUUUAACUGAAGGUGAAAAAAUGGUAUGGACUAUAACAGGUGUUAAUAUUGCAGUGUUUUUAAUGUGGAGGUUGAAGAAUACAUCUGUAAAUAAUGCUUUAUAUAGAUAUUUUACCUGUUCACCAACUUCAGGUCACUCUGUCACCUCAAUGCUGUGGUCAACAUUAAGCCAUCAGAGUUUUGUUCACCUGUUUGCCAAUAUGUAUGUCUUCUGGUCAUUCUCAGGAGUUAUGUUACAUUUAGUGAAUAAAGAACAAAUGGCUGCAGUUCUUUGUAGUGGAGGUGUUAUUUCAUCCCUGGCCAGCUUUGUACAUAAAAUUGUGAUAAAAGGGACAAUGCCUUCACUCGGAGCUUCUGGAGCUAUUUGUGCCAUGAUAGGAUUAGUUUGUAUGGCAAAUCCUGAUUCUCAGUUGACUAUAGCAUUUAUAGGAGAUAUCCUCGGUUUUAGUUUUUCUGCAGAAAAGGGAUUAUAUGGACUGAUGACAUUUGAUGCUUUAGGACUGUUACUAGGAUGGAAGGUGUUUGAUCAUGCUGCACAUUUAGGCGGAGUACUCUUUGGAAUAUGGUAUUGGAAGUAUGGUAGAGACUUGAUCUGGAACAAUAGAGGAAAAGUAAUGCAAAUGUGGCAUCAACUUAGAGGAAAGCAAAGAUAGAAACUUAUACUAGGACAAAUAUAUUUUAUUAAAGAUCUUAUGAAUCAUCA